AACCAAUAGCUGGUAGUACUACUGGUCCAUGUGCAGAUGGCGGUAAUUAAAAUUAGUGACAAAUGGUAUGCUCUACACUGAAAACGAAGAAGAGGACGUAGGAAGCGGAAGUUUGUACAAUUUCAACCGGAAGUGUUUGCUGCAGGCUGUAUGUAAAGUGUCAUGGCGGAGGAAGAAGACGAGACUGGAUUUGAAGAGGAGGCGGACGAAGGUCCUGGCGGCGUUGACAUUUGUCACGGCAGGAGAAAACGGCUGUUUUCCAAGGAACUCCGCUGUAUGAUGUACGGCUUCGGAGACGACCAGAAUCCGUACACGGAGUCCGUGGACAUCCUAGAGGAUUUAGUAAUCGAGUUCAUCACAGAAAUGACACACAAAGCCAUGUCAAUCGGACGACAGGGCCGUGUCCAAGUGGAGGACAUCGUUUUUCUUAUCCGUAAGGACCCGCGGAAAUUCGCCAGGGUCAAAGAUCUGCUGACUAUGAACGAAGAAUUGAAGAGAGCCAGAAAAGCCUUCGAUGAGGCCAACUAUGGAUCUUAAAGUUAUGCCCGAUGUGAUCCAGCUCUGUGUUCACUGUUGCAGUUCACUCUGCAAUUAAGGUUUCUGACACAGUUAAGCUGUGAGUUUUACUAACUUCUGCAGUCAACAACAUAAUUGAUGACAAUGGUUUGUUUUCUUUCACUGAAUGAUUUAAGAUCACAAUCAGAAUUAAUGUUAAAUACUUUUUAAAGAUGGUGUUUUGAAUUUUAAAGGACAGUUUAUAACAGACCAAAUGAUCAAUCAUUUAAUUGCGAAACCUGAUUGACAGCUCAAUAAUUGUUUUGUGAAGGAUUUUGCAUGCUUUGUAUUGGGUUAAUAAAAGCAAUUCCAAGCCUAC